AGAGCGGCCGCGCAUUCACUGCCCGCGGCGGCGCUGGCGCGUCUCUGCAGGAUACAAACAACAAAAUGAAAUCAAACCUUAAUCGCUUUUGCAAAAUGAAGCGUGAUUUUGAUUGUACAUCUCUUCGUGCUGGGUUUACACCACUGAAAUGUGCUGUGGAGAAAACAAGACUGGAAAAACCCUGCCCCUUGAAUUAUGAGGAAGGCUUUUGUAAAAACUGUGCAGAAGAACAUCAGAAAACACUCCUUAGUGACUCCUACCAUGCAGCCACCAGAAAUCUGGGUCUUGAAGAUGGAGAAAGACCCAUACAUAACAAAGAAAACAACCAAAUAACCCAGACACUUGAUGAAGUUAUCUGUGAAAUGGAGGGAAUGGAAAGCAGUAAACUUAAUGAGGACAGUGGUUAUUCCUCUAUAUUAGGUACUCAGUAUGCUGAUGCUAUAGAACAUGARGAUAGUUUACCUUUGGCUGGGAAUCUCUGUGGCACACCAAAACAUUGUCUCAUGAAGAACCAAAACCAAGAACAGUUUUCAAAGAAGACACUAUUGCCAGUAAUCCAUUAUGAAGAAGUGAUUUGCUCAACUUUGAAAAAAAGUGGUAAAAGAAAUCUCAAGUCUUGGGCUGCUGUAGACAGAAUUGUUUCUAGGGGAAAGGUUGAACUUUGUAACUUAAUUGGAAAGAAAAUGGGACUGGAUAGAAUAGACAUUCUUGCUGAACUCUUCCAAAAGAACCUGAAGCAUGUAUUAGCAAACAUUUUAAGGCAUCUCAGCGASAUGGAUUUAGUGAAUUUUGCCAAAGUCAGCACAACAUGGCAGAAGAUUCUACAAGAAGAUAAAUGGAUUUUCCAAAUGUAUAGCAGAGCUGUGAAAAACCAUUCUAAUAUCAUUAAAGCACCAGAACAUGCUGCAACAAGAGAGUAYGCUGYCUGCAGAGUAUCCUUAGCUUCCAUYCAGAAAGCAGCCCCACCAAAAAACUUGAACAAAAAAAGCACCAGAUCCAAAGCAUCUAAGAAUCACAGCAGGCUCACCGAGUUUUCUGAGGCUGCCAGGAACUUGAAAAAUACYGAAAGCCUUAAAGCCUGCCAUCGCUGUGGCUCACCUGCCAAGUACGACUCCUAUCUCCAAAGAGCAAUGUGCAAUCGUGAAAGCUGUGGCUUUGACUUUUGCACGAAGUGUAUGUGCAGCUACCACAGCUCCAGUGACUGUGUGAGCAGCAAACCAGUGAAACACACCUCUACRCCAGGGCCACUUCCCGGGACUAAGAAAAGCAAACAGAAUCUAAAGAGGUUAUGAUCCAUCCCUCCCGAUACAAAUUGGCCAACACCCCAUACAAGUUUUUUUUAGCCAUCCAUUCUAUUGUUCCUCUGUUCUAUUUCAUCAUGUUAUUCAGAAGGGUUUUAAAAGCAUUUCUAGGGCUGUCAAGUGAGGUGAGUGAAGCCCCUUUUAAUGUMAAAAUAUGGGGGACACCAGAUUUUAUGAAUUUUCAAAGGUUUGCCUUUGAUUUUAAAAUGUGGACAUUCAUUAUACCAUUUUCUCUGAUGGUUUCUCUUAUGUGAAUCUUAAAUUGCUUUCUCCUCAUUUCUUCUUUCAGAAAGCACAGGUUUUCCUUCAACCUUUUCCAAGUUUAAAAAAAAAAAGUACUGUAUGUUGGCUAUACUGCUAAAAAAUACUUUGACUUUUUUUUUUGAAAUUGCAA